GGCUGCGAUCGCAGCGAGCAUCUGUUUGGCAGUUGAUGUGUCCGUUUCGAGCGAACACAAUGUCGGAAAUAGAGCUUUUCCCGGUUGAGGUGCUGUGCUGUAUAUUUGAUAAGCUGAACGGGUUGGAGAGGCGUCCGCUGCAUCUUGUCUGCCGGAGAUGGUACAGAGUACUGACGUCGAGACACUAUCUGAGGAAGCGAAUACUUGCGGUGAGCCCUUCGACCAUAGGGUUGGUCGCCACGAGGGUUAGGAACGCGCAUAGGUUUCCCUGCGCUAGAAUUAGUGACGAUAAUUCCGAGCCGAAAUCUGACUCGAGAAGAGGUUUCUUCGAUAUGCUUUUUAACUAUCUGUACUUUGGCGACUGGCGGAAGCAAUUGAGGGAAUUAACCCUUGACCAAGUGCAGGGUGAUCUGUUGUACGAACUGUUCGAUGGAAAGUAUGAAAAAAUGGAGUUUCCAAAUUUGAAAUAUUUGAAAAUCAGUUGUUACGAGCUAUGCCCCUCGCUGGGGAUUCAAACGUGGAAAAUGCCGGUACAGUUGACAAAACUGGAAAUUACUGUCGGCAUGCCGGUGGAAAUGCUGCUGAUUGAGAUUCUUGCACCACAACUGGAAGAAUUGCUGAUCGAAUCCAGCAAAAUGCGACUUCUACUGAUGUGUUGUGAUGUAGCCGUUUUUGAAAAGUUACGGAUUUUGCAGCUGAAGUCGGACACCUUCUUUCCGGAACGUUUUGCCGAUUCAAGGGAGAUUGGAGAUAAGUUUGUGAAAACUCUCAACCGAUUGGACAAGCUGGCGAUCGAGUUCCGACACAAUGAUUUCCUGCUAGGAUAUGCCCCGUUGUUGCGGCACUGUCACAGUUUGAGUUCACUUUCGAUAUUUGGUGCCGAUUUAUGUGUCGAAGCGUGUAAUGUGAUCGGACAGAUGCAGGGACUGAGGCAAUUAGAGCUUCUUAUGCGUAUUGAAAAAUGUGACAAAUUGAUCCCGUGGAAUUUGCCAAAUCUGCGGAGCAUUCACACAUUUGUGGAAAGCUUGAUACCGCUUGGUGAGAAGCUUCCCUCAUUAAAAGUCAUUCGUGUUUCGAAUCACACGAUAAGAGAAGGCCGGUUCAGUGUUACUCCCAUGGAACAGCACUAUGCUGAACGAUACGUCACAUAUUUGGGAAAAUUGUCAAAGCUCACCCUGUACGAUGUUCAUGUGGAGGAGCAUUUUCUCUUACGAUUCCCCAUGAUGCAAGCCACCGAACUAGUCCUUCGCUGUGUGCGAACGAGUACCCUGGUCCUGGACGUGAUCUACGAGCGGAUACCGAAGGUUGCCAGUGUCUACUUCUUGGAUUGCUGUUUCCCCGUCAGCCCACAGGCCAAAAUUUCAUCCUUCGAGUCACUGCAGAGUUUGCUGCCACACGCACGGAUCUCACAUUCCAGUAGCAAAAUCCUCCCCGUCGAUCACGAGCAGAUUAGUUCCUGAUCCCCCGGACACAAGUGCAUUCCAUCCCUCCUCCCCACGCAUAAUAAAUCGCUAAAUAAUAUCGAUCGUUU